AUGACAUUUGGCUUGCAAAAAUGCGCAAAGGUCGAGGUGAUAAGAGGUAAGCUGAGCAGAAGAGAAGACAUAAUCCUGUCAGAUGGACAGAUCAUAAACAACUUGGGAGAGGAAAGAAGAUACAGAUAUCUUGGAGUCCAGCAGACGUAUGAGAUUAAGCAACAGGAGAACAAGAGAGAAGUCGAAGAGCAAAUGAUAACAAGAGUGCGGAAAAUACUGAGCACACAGCUCUCAGCUAAAAACAAAAUCACAGCCAUUAACACAUGGGCAAUACCGGCUUUCUCAUACACUGCUGGAAUCCUAAACUGGUCAAAAACAGACCUGGAAAGACUGGAUAGAAGAGUGAGAGCAAUUUUCACGCAGCACGGCAUGUUGCACCCAAAUUCGGCGAUAGAGAGGCUAUAUAUACAACGCAGCGAAGGAGGUCGAGGACUGACUAGCAUAGAGAUCACCGACCUAAAAGAAAAAAAUAACUUAAAACGGUAUUUUGGCAACGAGACCUUACCUCUGCACCGGCUGGUAUCUGCUAUGUUCGAUUCUCGCACCCCUAACGCAGCAGAAAGAGCAGAACCUGAAACAGAAGAGCUAGAAGAGAAGUGGAAAAGAAACUGGCAAACGAAACCACUACAUGGCCGUUUCUACACAAGCCUCCACCAACCAGAGGUGGACAUGAAAAGCUCAAAUACUUACCUUACGCAGGGCUACUUGUUCCCCCAAACUGAGGGGACCUUCCUGGCCAUACAGGACCAAGUUGUACCAACUCGAGUCUACAUUAAACAUAUAAUGAAGCAGCGUGUUGAAACCACAAAGUGUAGACUCUGCAACCAGGAAGAGGAAUCAGUGCAGCACCUCUCAUCGGGAUGCUCAGCGAUAGCGGGGACUAAAUAUCUCAGCCGACACAAUAACAUGGGCAAGGUGGUGCACCAGCUGCUGGGAUUGAAAGAACUCCUCAUAAAAAACUUUACUCCACAUCAUUUGUACAACCCACAGGCACUUCUAGAAAAUAGCGAUGUCAAAAUAUACUGGGACAUUCCAAUUGCGACGGAUCAAGGGGUGGAGCACAACAGGCCUGAUCUCGUUAUUUGGGAUAAAAAGAAAAACGAGGCUACCAUAAUCGAUUUCGCGGUGCCUUUUGACCAGAACCUCAUGAAGGCUUACAAAGACAAAACAAGCAAAUACGAGGCACUAGCGAGACAAAUGAAGAGCAUGUGGAGGCUGCAGAAGGUGGAAAUAAAGCCGAUGAUAAUAAGCUGCAAUGGACUCGUCCACAGAAAAACCGUACAACACAUACGAGAACUUCAACUCCCCAUCAACGCAUUAUGUUGGAUGCAGAAAGCCGUAAUACUGGGGACGGUCAACAUCAUUCGGCAGGUGGUCUAUCCUCAUUAG